AUGAAGCUCCAGGAAAAGGAAAACCAAUCCAAGGAAAGAGCAAGCUCCCAGAAUCUGCAGGCUGAUACACUCAGCGUCUUUGAGAAGCAGAAGUGCUCGACGACAACAGAGGAGCAGCAGGCCCUUGACUCAGAUGACGAACCCAUCGAAUCUUCAGUAAGUGAUCUCUUCUUCAGCCAUCACAAUUUCAAGUCUAAUGACACGUUGAUGUACUGCUCCAUGCUCAAGGACCCGGAGGAGAGUGGUAGCCAGCAAGCAGGAAAGAAGAGACGAGCGGCACCAGCAUGCGGGGGACGAUCUGCGGCUGCCGGUGGGAGGAGGAAGACGGACCUGGCUUCCCUCCAGAGGAUUCCGGCGAAGGAAGACGACGCCGACACGGCCAAGAAACGCCGGGCUCCCGUUGCCGCCGGGAGGUACGGGGCUGUGAUCACUGAUCAGGAGGAAUUGAUGAGCAGAUCGGCGGCCGGAACGAUUGCGUUCCUUUUGGGAGUUGAACAUUGGAGCCGGAAUUUCUUUGGCGAACUUUGUGCAUCUGGGUGA